CCCUGGUAGUUCCCUCUCCCCAACUCUCUCGUAGGCCCCCGAGGUCUCUCCCCAGCGUCUCUCCUAGCUGCCCAAGGUCCCUCAAACAGCCAAGGUCCCUCUCCCCAGCAUCCCCCGAGGCAUCCUAAUGUUCCCUCUCCCCAACAUCUCUUGUAGCUCCCCAAGGUCCUUCUUAUCAUCCUCCGAGGCUUCCUCUCAACCCGUAGCCCUCUAGCCCCUCCCCCAGGGUUGUUGGUUCCACGAGUGCAGUCCAGGAGGAUCCUGGGGCUGGGAACGGUUGGGGGCCGUUGUGGACCAGUUGGUGCUUCUGGCGGGAAAGUGUCUUAGCUCUCGCCCUUCCACCUCCUCCGCCGAGCCCCCCACAAGUACCGCCCCGCGCAUUGUUUUCCUCUCCCCCGCCCCCCAGCCCAGGAGCCGAGACUCGGCCCGGAAAAGGCGGGGGGGAGGGCGCGGAGCGCUCUACGGCCAAUCAGCGCCCCGGGGCCCCGCCCCCGUGAGUAGGGGCGGGCCGGGCUGGGGGCGGUCUCGGAGCCGGGCUUAAUCCCCGGGUUUCCGCCGUCCAGGCUCACAGGCUCUCCGAACGCCGGCUCUAGCGUCCUUCUGCCGGACGGGCGCCGCCUCCGCGCCGCAGCCGGCCAGCUGUGCGCUGCCGCUCACCCACGGGCCGGCAGGCCAGGAGCCGAGGCUCUCCCCGGGACCCCAGCGCCCGCUGACCGCAGGGCUCGGGAGCCCCCCGGCGCCGCUGACCGCAGGACUCGGGAGGCCCCCGGCUCUGGGCUAGCGGAGCGCGAGCGGUGCCCCGGGAGCCCGGGCUUUGGCCUCAUUGCCCUCCCGGAGGCGGGAGGCACCGAGCCCGGGGAAGAAGCUCGCCUCCGAGGGGGUGGAGAACUGAGCCGGGCGGCCCCGCUGAGCUCCGAGGCGUCCGGAGAGCCCGAGGGAGCCGGCUCUUCGGACCUCGCGGAGUCUUCCCCGGCGCCCGGCCCCGAGAACCCUAGGGGGCAGAGAUGGUGGCCGAGACGGCCCCUGGAAGCCCCAAGCCGGGCGCGGUCAACGGCGCGGGCCCUCCCAGCGCCCAGUCCUCCGGCUGCUGCGGGGGGCUGCGGCCGCCGCGGGUGCGCUCGUGCCUGCGCGCCAACCUGCUGGUGCUGCUGACCUUGGCCGGAGUGGCGGCCGGCGCGGCCGUGGGCUUGGCCGUGGCGCGCUGGGGGCCGCGCCUGGGCCCCGCGCAGCUGGUCGCCUUCUCGUUCCCGGGCGAGCUCCUGUUGCGCCUGCUGCGUCUCAUCAUCCUGCCGCUCGUGGUGUGCAGCCUGGUGGGCGGCGCCGCCAGCCUGGACCCGGCCUCGCUCGGCCGCAUGGGCGGCUGGGCGCUGCUCUUCUUCCUGCUCACCACGCUGCUGGCCUCUGCCCUGGGCGUCGGACUGGCCUUCGCCCUGAGCCCCGGAGUGGGCACCCAGGCCGGGGGGAAGCAGGACGCGCAGCUGCCCCCCACCAAGGAGGUGCUCGACUCCUUCCUGGACCUCUUCAGGAAUAUCUUUCCAGAUAACCUUGUGUCGGCUGCCUUCCGCUCUUAUUCCACUGAGUACGAGCUGAAUAACUCCAACAUGACCUUGAUGAAGGUAAUGGGGGGUGCUGGUAUCUCCCCUCUCUUAUUCUCUGUAUCUACUUGUUUUUUCUCCUUCCUCUCCCUUCUCUUCUCUCCUUCUUUCCCUCUCCUUUUCCCCUUCCCCCCUCUCCUUUCUCCUAUUUCGCUCUUUCCCCUCCCUUUUUUCUCCUCUUCCUCAUUUCCUCCCUUUCCCUUCUUCCUCUCUCUCCUUCCUCUUUUCUUUCUCUUCUUCCCUUUUCCCCCUUCCUUUCAUCCUUUUCUUCUUCCUCUCUUCCACCUCCCCUCUUUGUCACUUUUCUCUCCGUUUUCCUCCUUCCUUUCUCCCUUCUCUUUUUUCCCUUUCCCCCUUCAUCCUCUUUUCUUUUCUUUUCUCUUCUCCUUUCCCCCUCUCCUUUCUCCUCUUUCUGGGACUUUUCUCUCCCUUUUUUCUCCUUCCCCCUCUCUCUCCCUUUUCUUUUCUCUUUCCCUUCCUCCCCCCUCUCCUUCCUUUCUCUCUCCCUGUCCUUUCCUUCCUCUUUUGUCUCUCCUUCCUCUUUUUUCUCCUUUCUCUUUUUUCCCUCCCUCUCCUUCAUCCUCUUUUUUCCCUUCCUCCUUUCCUUCCCUCUCCCCCUCUCCUUUCUCCUCUUUCUGGGACUUUUCUCUCCCUUUUUUCUCCUUCCCCCUCUCUCUCCCUUUUCUUUUCUCUUUCCCUUCCUCCCCCCUCUCCUUCCUUUCUCUCUCCCUGUCCUUUCCUUCCUCUUUUGUCUCUCCUUCCUCUUUUUUCUCCUUUCUCUUUUUUCCUUCCCUCUCCUUCAUCCUCUUUUUUCCCUUCCUCCUUUUCUUCCCUCUCCCCCUCUCCUUUCUCUUUGUCACUUUUUUCUUCCCCUUUCUCUCUUUCCUCUUUACCUCCUUCCCCCUCUCUUUCUCUCUUCUUUUCUUUUGUACUUUCUUUCUCCCUUCUCUCCUUCCAUUUUCUCUGCCUCCAUCCCCUCCUUCUUCUUCCCCCUCCCCCCUCUGUCCUUCCCUUCUUCCCUCUUUCCCUCUCUUUUCUUCCCCCCUCCCCCACUCCCAUCAGUUGACUUUCCAGUUCUUUUCACUUUCUUCUCGUUCAGUCGGUCUUGGACUGGGCUUCCCAGUGACUGUAAGGAAAGCAGAGCAAGGCAAGCGGGAAGAGGGUCUUUUGGAAGGGAGUUGAUGGAAAAGAAGCGUGCCAUUCCUUGUCAGGUUGGGAAAGGCCCAGCGGUAGUGGGGGGCCAAGGCCCCUUCCGGUCCACGUGGGCAGGCCCUUGCGCCUUCUCUUUCUGUCCUCCUCGGACCCAAGCUCGUGCCUGGCUCCGACUGAGGAUGGGCCUUUCCAGCCGCCGGCCCUCUCUGCAGCCUGGAGGAGGCUCCGCUUUCGCCACGGGGCCUUUCUGGGCUCGGCCCGGGACGGGGGACACGGAGGCGUUUGGGGGCGCACGAGUCUAGCCCAAGCCCUGGCUGUUUUGUGGACUCGCGGCCGUCGGCCCAGUUGCUGUUCCUUCUGCUGAAGCGGCCACAGUUUCCCCCGUGCUUGGAAACGCGGCUCGCGCCCUCCCCCACGGAGUCACCUCGGGGCGCACUCGCCCUGUGGUCGGUUGAAUUUGGUACUUCCCGGGUCUGCCCCUGAACGUCCCUCGUCUGUAAGAUAGGAACGAGAGGGCCCACCCGGGGUGGAGGCAGCGAGAUGCUGGCCGUGACCGCGCGCUCCCACAAGCCCGGGCCCUCCUGGCCGCCGCGCGCCGCGCACUAAAGCUGCAAACGGGCCUUUGCUUGGCCUCCAUUUUUCCCG